UCACUGAUUGUCAUAUUUACUUACGGUAAAAAUCAUACACAUAAGAAAUAAAUUGGGAUGUAAAAAAUUCUUCAUGGUUAAUUCUCUAAGAACGAGAUGUGCAAUUUGGUUUUUAGAUUCGCCGUUUGGAAAACGACAUGUCGAAGCUUUCAGCUUCUUUCUGGCUGUAUUUCUUGGAUUUUCUAUAAGGGUAAAUUUGUCUUUAACUAUAGUAGCGAUGACUGAUCCAAAUGCAAACGAAUACGAGCAUAUACCGACCUAUGACUGGAAAAACAGAAACGUAAUCUUAUCGUCAUUCUUCUGGGGUUACGUCAUUCCACAGAUAGGAGCAGGCUGGCUAAUGACCCGAUACGGACCUAAGUGGUUUCUGAUAGUCAGCAUGUUUUUGGGAUGCGCAGUAGGAUUUUUAAUACCACCAUUGGCCGGCGUAUGGGGAUCCACAUCCGUGAUUGUUUUCCGAGUAAUCCAGGGACUGUGUCAAGGUUUUAUACUGCCUUCAGUGCCUUGUUUUAUGGGCAAUUGGGUGCCGAUAGGUGAAAGAGGAAGGAUUGGAACGUUUGUAUAUGCAGCUGGGCCAUUGGGAACAGUGUUCAGUAUGCUGAUAGCAGGUGUCAUAUCAGCUAGUCGCUUGGGCUGGCCUUGGGUCUUCCAUUUCUUCAGCAUACUUGGUAUACUUUGGUGCAUUUUUUAUGCAAUUAUUGGAAGAAACACUCCAGCUGAACAUCCAAGGAUAUCACGACAGGAACGAGAAUAUAUAGAGAAGACGGCAGCUUGGUCAAUCAAAAGACAUAUGCCCACGCCAUGGAAGGCCAUUUUCACAUCGGUGCCAUUCUUAGCUCUAUUUUUUUCGUACGCCUGCUUCAUUUUUGGAUUUUGGGUGUUGCUUACACAAAUACCAACAUACAUGAACGAAAUUUUAAAGUUUAACAUAAGAAAAAAUGGCGUUUUGUCAGCCCUUCCAUAUAUAUUACAAUGGGUGACAGGUUUGACGCUGAGUAUUAUUUCGGAUAAGAUGAUCUUGACAGAUAUUAUUUCGAUAUGGACUGCUAGAAAAACGAUGAACGCAAUUGGUAUGUUAAUUCCGGCACUGGCUUUAAUCCUCUUGGGCCAAUGUUCAAAAGACACUUCAGAGGUAGCUGUCAUAUUAUUAAUAAUAGCAGUUGGUGCGAACGGUGCUACAUUCUGUGGAACGUUCAUCAACAAUUUGGAUCUAUCUCCAAAUUUCGCGGGUGUUUUAUAUGGAAUCAUGAACGGAUGUUCAAAUCUUUGUGGUAUCCUGGCUCCAUUGAUAGUUGAUAUUAUGGUAAAAGAUCUGUACAAUCCGAAGCAGUGGAGAAAUGUUUUUUAUCUGGCAAGUGCGGUUUAUGCAUCAGGAGCUGCAAUAUUUUGGAUGUUUGGAUCUGGAGAAGUCCAGCCGUGGAACGAAAGACCCCCUAGAAUAGACGCAGACGCUGUUUCGAACGUAAGCAGUAUUUACUAAACUACUUGUAAUUUAUUCGUUUUAGGAUACUGAUCAAAUAUUUUAUAUUCAAUAAUAAAAGCUAUUUUAAACGCU